UGAAAACCAUUGGUCUGCCUGGCCGACAGGGGGCGUGGCUUGGAGAACAUAACAACAUGACCGAGGAAGUGGCUCCGCUGGAUGAACUUUGUAUCAAACCAACUUCAUACUUUCGAAUAGAAACAUUUUAUUGAACGACCUGUAGCAGAAACUAAGUGUCACCAUGGCAACAGAGGGGGAGCCCACAGAUCUGAUCAAAGUGCUUCAUCUCCUCGUGCUCUCCUUCUCCUGGGGCAUGCAGGUCUGGGUCUCUUUUAUCGCAGGAUUUGCACUGGUCUGGCAGGUGUCGCGACACACCUUCGGCCUGGUGCAGAGUAAACUCUUUCCUGUUUACUUCUACUGUCUGCUGGGCAGCAGCGUCAUCAGCCUGGCUGUGUACGCAGUCUAUCACCCCAGGGAUCUGCUGGACUGGCACGAGAGUGUGCAGAUGAGUCUCUACUUCGUGGCGUUGAUCACUGCCGGUCUAAACGCUCAGUGGUUCGGUCCAGCGGUCACAGAGACUAUGUUCCGGCUCAGGGAGGUGGAGAAGGAGCAUGGCCUUGGAGACCAGGUUGGUCUCAGUGCCCAGAAGGAGGCGUACGCCAAGCUGAAAGAGCAGGACCCCAAGUACAGAGGCUACAAGAGCACGUUCGUCCGCUACCAUUCGUUGUCCACCAUCUGUAACCUGACGGGCUUCAUCUGCAGUACAGUGAAUCUGAUCUACACGGCCCUGAACCUGUCCACCAUUUAAACAACAACAACAAAAAAACAACACAAACACAAACACAGACUCACCUUGUUUCCCCUGUCCUUUAUGUUAGACGAUCACAGAGAAACAGUACUGACUUCACAACUACAGCACCAUCAGAUUAACUAGUGAGGGGAUGCACCCCCGCCUCCCCCACCCCACCCCCACCCCCACACACCUCCAACCCAGUCCAUGUGAGUCUGGCCUCCGUGUUCUUACGUUUUUUUUAAGCUUCAACAUCUUUAGUUCUUACUCCUGCAUCAGCAUGUCUUCAUGCUGUUGGACCCGUUUGUCUCCAGCAGAGGGAGAUGUUUCAGCGCCUGGCCUGUUAAUUGUUUCAUUGCUCAGCACAGCAACACAGUUGACACUGAGGACAUCAAAGUGUCUUUUAUAUUUGUGAAAAAAAUAAAUAAACAGAACAAAAAUAAAGCUUUUAUUGUUAAAUGUA